AUGCGCUCCAAGUUCAAGGACGAGCACCCCUUCGAGAAGCGCAAAGCCGAGGCUGAGCGCAUCCGCCAGAAGUACAACGAUCGCAUUCCGGUCAUCUGCGAGAAGGUCGAGAAGUCCGACAUUGCGACUAUCGACAAGAAGAAGUACCUGGUGCCUUCGGACCUGACGGUCGGCCAGUUCGUCUACGUCAUCCGCAAGCGCAUCAAGCUGUCGCCCGAGAAGGCCAUCUUCAUCUUCGUCGACGAGGUGCUUCCCCCGACGGCCGCGUUGAUGUCGAGCAUCUACGAAGAGCACAAGGACGAGGACGGCUUCCUGUACAUCACCUACUCGGGUGAGAACACGUUCGGCGAAGCGUUCUGA